ACGUGAAUUUGCCACAUAACACCGCUGGUGAGGACAGGAGACGGAUACCUCCUCACUCUCUAUAUUUAGAUGUCUAACCUGUACAAACAAACUCUUCCCUGUCCAUCGGAGAGAACGGAAAUAAUCGCAGGAACCCGACAGCUCAGAGUCAGGCCGAACAGUGAUGGGUUCAGUUAAAAAGGACAACAGGCUGACAGGUUCUCAAAGCUUUAUGUGCGUCGGUUUUGCCGGGUUUUUCAGUAAAACCGUCACGUCGCCUCUGGAGGUGGUAAAAAUUAAAAGCCAGGUGGGCACUUUUCAUUCUAAGAGGGGGUUUUGUCAAAGUUUCAUUCUCAUCUACCAGAAUGAGGGACUUCGAGGAUUUUGGAAAGGAAAUCUCGCCUCUUGUCUCCGGUUGUUUCCCUACAACGCAGUUCAUCUCACAACCUACAAGAAGAUAGUCCACCUUCACAUGGAUGAACUGGGAUUCAUCUCUCAGUGGAGGGCCAUAUUUGCUGGUGGACUGGCUGGCGUUGCUGCUGCCCUGGCCACAUACCCACUGGAGGUGGUGGAGACCAGGCUCAUCGCUCAGAACUACAGACAGCCCACGUACAUCAGCAUAGCUCACACUCUCUCCCAGAUCUACAGGAAUGAAGGGCUUCUAGCUCUCUACAGGGGCUUUUCCCUCACUGUGUUAGGUGCAUUUCCAUUUUCUAUUGGAUGCUAUGCAGUCUACAUGAACUUGGACAAGAUUUGGCAGGAGCCUCCUUUUCGCUUCUCUCCCCUCCAGAACUUUAUUAAUGGCUGUCUUGCAGCAGGAGUGUCUCAAACCCUCUCGUACCCUUUUGAAACAGUGAAAAGGAAGAUGCAGGCGCAGAGUGCCCGUCUUCCUCAUUUUGGUGGCGUUGACGUCCAUUUCAGUGGGAUGAUUGACUGUUUCAUACAGGUUAUUAGAAACAAAGGCGUCCUCUCACUGUGGAAUGGCCUUACUGCCAACACAAUAAAGAUUGUUCCCUGCUUUGGCCUUCUCUAUACCUGCUUUGAAAUGUGCAAGCAAGUUUGCCUUUACCGCAAUGGGUACAUCAUUUCACCUCUGAGCUACAAGCUCGCACCGGGGGUCGACCAGAGCCUCGGGCCGUACGAGCUGGAAGAGGUGAAGCGCUACUUGAAAAACAGGAACUUUGGGUCAGGGGAGUCGUCCAUAGGAAACCGCUGGUGAAACUUGACAUGAGAAGAUGUCUUGUGAAGAAUAUUGACUGCUGACCACACUCGACCAUCAAAAUUAGUUAUUUGCUGGACUGAAAUACUUCAGAGGCUUGGGUCUAUAAUGAUUACAUAACAUUUUGUUUCAGGUUUAAUGUCUUCCUAAAUGCAAAUAACAUACAUUCACAUUACUGUAUGCCCCGUCAGCAACGGUCUACCUCUUUCAAAACAUAGUUAUUUUAUCUGACAGUAUUAUUGAUCUGGGAAGUGUUCACCCAACCAUUAUGUAUUUUCAUGACCGUUUUUAAACAAAUAGUAUGUGCCUUGUGAGUUAACUAUUUAUUCUGGGGCUUAUUUCAGUUAUUAUCCCAUUAACAUCAAAUAGUGCCAUAGUUUAUUCACUUAGGUUACAAAUACUCUUUUACUCUGUAAAUUAAGAUUUGAGUGUUAUGACUAGAUGCUAUUGUUGUAUAAUAGACUGCUUGGGUGAGAGAUUAUAUUUUUAAUGUACAAUAAUGUAAAGUUUUGAUAAGUGCGAGUAUCUUAUGGACAAUAAUGUACAAGUGCUAACAUGGAUUGUGAUAGAAAUGUGAAAAUGUACUUAAAACAUUAAAAUUUUUCUUUUCACUGAUA